AUGACGCCGAAGAGACUCUCGAAGAGCAAGAUGGGCUUCAUCGAGGUGUGCGCGAUGCCAUCCAGGAACUUCGGGGUCAAGUUCUCUGACGACGUCCACCGCUUCUGGCUCGGCACGUACGACACCUUCGAGGAGGCCGUGCGUGCGUACGACGCGGCAACGUGGCGUGCCUGCCGGCCGAGGACGGAGCUCAACUUUCCGGAGAUCGAGACCCGGGUGGAUGCGGAGUUCCUCGCGUCGGAUCAUUCCCGGAUGGAGGAGAGGACGAAGAUGAAGAAGCUAGCGAUUCGCGUUGCUCCCGGCGCGGCGAUGGCGAGGUUCGUAGGAGCAUCUGGAGUAUCUCCGGGCCGAGCGUGA